UUCUGAAUGAAGAAGAAGCCGAGCAGCAGCAGCAGCAGCCAGUUGAAGCUAUGUCGGUGCGAAUGGAUCAACAAUUCAGGUUCUGCGUAUGCUGCGUUUUCGUGUUCGCAGUGGCGGCUGGCGUCGCUUUGCUCGUCGCCUUGUUCGUCCUGCACCGAGCGGGCGCGUCGGGAGACGCGAAGUCCCGCGAGGGCAGAGUGGCCGAGGAGAACCUGACAGUGUCCACAAACCUCGGGCCCAUCCGUGGCGUCGCGCUGCAGGUGCUCGACAAGAAGGUGGUGGCCUACUACGGCGUGCCUUACGCUCAACCACCCGUGGGCGCGCGCCGAUACCGCGUGCCCCAGCGCCACGCACCGUGGUCGGACACGUUCAACGCCACCGAGCCGGAAGACGUGCGCUGCGCCCAGGUAGCUGGCGGCGAGUACUUCGAGUCUCAGGCCAACGCGUCCGCCGAGGAGGACUGCCUCAGCAUAGACGUCUUCGUGCCCAAGAGUGCCUACGACCGCAGCUCGAGGCCCAUCGUGGUGGUGCUGCACGGCGGCGGCUUCCGCACGGGCUCCAACCGUCACCCCCUGUACGACGGCCGCUGGCUGGCGGGCGUUGCCGACGUUGUCGUUGCGGUGCCCAACUACCGCCUAGGCCCGCUGGGCUUCUUGCGCGCCGGCGAGGGGAAGCCAGACGCCCCCGGAAACCAGGGUCUCUGGGACCAGCUGCUCGCCAUGCAGUGGGUGCGCGCCAAUGCGGCUUCGUUCGGCGCCAGUCCGGCCGCGCUGACUCUACUCGGCGUCGACAGCGGGGCCGUGAGCGCGGGUCUGCACCUGCUGUCGCCGCUGAGCAGGCAAUUCUUCGAGCGCGCGGUGCUGGCAGGCGGCAGCCCGUUUGUCAUGAGCCGCUACAGCGCGUUCGCCGAGCUGGACGAGCUGCGUCAGCUAGCUGCCACCGUGUGUGACGAGCCGCAGACGGGCCUGGAGGCAGAGAAGGACGAGCAGCCCCUGAGAAAGUCGGCGAUGGCUUGCCUCCGCGCCGCCGCCGCCGAGCACAUCGUUGGCAGCCUGGACGAGUUCAACGGCGUCAACGCGCGGCCAUUCGGCCCCGUCUACGGCGCCAACGACACCGCCGAGGACGACUUCUUCCUGCCGACAGCCGCCGGAGACUCGUACCUCCUUCCGGACGAAGAAGGAGUCGGCGGGGCUUUUGGCGGCAAGGCGCUGGUCAUCGGCUACGCCGCCAACGAAGGCGAGUACUUCCUGCGGCAGUUCGUCGACCAAUGGGACCUGGAGAGCGCGGACUCGCUGCCCAAACCUCUUGUGCGUCUGCUGCUCGACAGGCUGUUGCUCCACUUCUUCGGACCCGAGCAGCUGGCGGAGCUCAGGGCGCUGUACUUCGGCGACCUGCUUGCGGACAACGAUGGCGCGUCCUUCUCUUCGGCCGCUGACGCCUACUUGCAGGCUGCGUCCUUUCUUGGUGACGUGCUGGUCAAGUGUCCUGCCAGGAUGAUGGCGGAACUCGCAUCAGCUGGUGGCGCCAGCGUUUACUUCUACGAACUCGAUUACAACGUCAACGCGCUGGCCAUGGACGAGGGAGCCGGGCUGCAGGGCCGCUGGUCCGGCGCGCCCCACUACACCGACGCACUCUUUAUGCUCGGCGUCUUUCUCGGCCGGGAAGUAGCGGACGGAAGCCACAUCCUCGCUACUAGCCGCCGCAUGAUGGGCAAAGUGGGUGCCUUUGCACGAACAGGGGUGCCCGACCGGACCCGCGACGUGCCGUGGCCGCUGUACCGAAAGCCGCAGCGCGAGAUGGCCGCCAUCUCGCUCAACCGGCUGCGCAUCGAACACGUGCCCAGCAGCGAGCGGUGUCGCCGCCUAGCGCUGUACUCCCGCUGGAGUAGACUGCGGGCGGCCGCUUUUAUUUGACCACUGCGCUGGCCGCUGCGGUCAAGAGAAGGCGCUCUCUCUUCUUCGAUACCGUGUAUGGACACACACGAGGCGCACAUUACCCCGCGCUGUUAACGCUUUCUUUUGGCCAAGACGCUGCACUUUCUCAAAUUUUGUUUGCGGUAACGCCAAUAAACAGUUUUCUGUGAGGUAA